AUGAUCGCUCAUAGUUUAAUUAUAUUUUUUGUAUAUUUAGAAGACCUCUACUCUGACUCCACCGCGGAUCCACCAGCUGUGAAACAACGUCAAUCUGAACCAGAGAAACCAAAACCGAAGCCUGAAUCUGAGGAGUCAAGUCCGCCUCCACCUAAAAACAAGUCCGGCCCAAACCCCGAAACUCCCCCGGUUCCCAACAGUCCCCCAGUUCCCCCUAGUCCCCCAAAUGCUCCCAGUAGAAGGUUCUUCACAUCUCUGUUUUCUAUACCAGGAGCGGUGAUGGAUACUCUGAUAAAUGGAGAAAUUGUAUUGUAA